CUCCUGAGCAGUCUGCAGUGCUCCAGCCCAGGCUGCAGCUAUAAAAAACUAAGCAUAUAACGUCACCACCACUACUAUCACAGCUCUACCAACACACUGAGAUUCACCAUCAGCCAGCGCCACAGAACACAGUCCAGAGACGAGAAAAACAGGAAGCCUGUCGAGCACGGGACGGGAUGUUUGGGUUCCAGAGGACACAACAACAGUUCAGGUGUACCAGUUCCAUCAUGAGGUCUCUGUUGGUCUGUGGAGUAGUUCUAGGAGUGCUGUGGAAUGUGGUCCAUUGUGAGCUGGUCUCAGUGUGUGAGGAAGAGGAUGGAGAUCUGAGAGUAGACUGUCAUGUGGAACCCAGAGCCAAUCAGAUCAACAGUUAUGAGUUCUAUCUGUCUGCCAGAGCCAAUCAGAUCAACAGUUAUGAGUUCUCCGUGUCAACUGGAACAGUGGAGACUGUGGUCAACACCAACGUGUCUGGCUCCGCCCCUGAUGUGCAUUACCGUGACCGUAGCUACGUGGAACACCUGGAGCCCUAUGGAUACCGGCUGACGCUGAACGCAGACACCCACACACACACACUCACCAACACACACACAACCUUCAUUUGCAAGAUUUCCAAGAACAUCGCCUCCGUCAUCAUAGAAAAAAAUGACCUGUUGCCAUGUUCAGCUGACAGUGUGCUGGUCCAGAGCUGUUACUGGCUGCUGGGUGUACUGCUGUCUCUCUGGGGCCUGCCCCCCCAAUGACACACAAACACACUUCUCACAAAAACGUCUGUAGAGUCCGAACGAUUAUGACCCAUCUAUGAAAAGCUGAGACUCCCACGAACACGCACAUGUAACCUGCUUUACUCACAAGCCAUACAAAAGCUGUUAGAAGGUAAGGGGUUCUUCUACAGAGAAGAUCACAGGAAAUCCCAGAACAUAGUGUCUAUAAUACUGUUAAGGGUUCUUCUACAGAGAAGAUCACAGGAAAUCCCAGAACAUAGUGUCUAUAAUACUGUUAAGGGUUCUUCUACAGAGAAGAUCACAGGAUAUCCCAGGAAAUAGUGUCUAUGAUACUGUAAUAAGCACACAUAUUUGCUGUCACAAACUACAAACUCCACACAGUUGUCACCGACUAGAUGGAUAUUCAUUUCCCACUGAGCAUUCUGUACUUACAUAAUUCUUAUAAAUUCAUUGUUGUGAGGUUUUGCUUGGAGGAUCUUGUUUUCUUGAUUGGCGUUUGACAUGAACAUAAACUUCAUGAAUGCAACUUUUUUCUGUCAAUUUGCUUUGUUCUCUGUCUGUAGCACUGUUGUCCUGAAAAUAACAUGGUAAAACACCUCAGUGUGAGGCUAAAUAUAACGGCUGGAGAUGAAUGAAAGUACAUCUUUGCUGGAGUCUGUGGGCCUCAUGAUAACUUGUAUUUAUUCUGUAGGCCUGUUCAUCUUCGUAACUGAACCUAGAACUGGAAAGUUAAACAAUUGAUAGUUUAAUUAACCAACUGAACAAUGCUUGUCUGAAGGUAACCCGGUACCAGAAUAAAAUAUAAAUGGAAGUAUAUAAGUACUUUAGUGUCAACAACUAAAAAAUUGUUAACUAUGGGUAAAAAAAAAGAGAUAUAAUAAUUUCCUGAGCAUUCUUCCAGUAUAUCUCUCAGAUAUAGGACAGACACUUCAAAACCAUAUUCCUUCUGAUACAUUUUUUCACUAUAUGUUUGCCAUGUACGAAUAUGUUGUUCAAUGUGUUUCUAUGGGCUAAUAGCAGUAAGGCCAAAUUCAAUGUUUCAUCAAAAAAUAUAAAUAAUACAGGGGUCCUAAAAUUCAGAAUCAAAUACUAAAUGGUCCUUGGUAUGGAUUCUUAAAACAUUUAAAUAUGUUGGCUAAGUAGAAUCUAGGGAGUAUAAUUAUGGUGUAACUACUGACUCAACUAUCUAUUGUUAUAGUGUAACUACUGACUAAAGUAUAUAUUAAGAUGGUGUAACUACUGACUCAACUAUCUAUUAAUAUGGUGUAACUACUGACUCAACUAUCUAUUGUUAUGGUGUAACUACUGACUCAACUAUCUAUUAAUAUGGUGUAACUACUGACUCAACUAUCUAUUAAUAUGGUGUAACUACUGACUCAACUAUCUAUUAAUAUGGUGUAACUACUGACUUAACUAUCUAUUGUUAUAGUGUACCUACUGACUAAAGUAUAUAUUAAGAUGGUGUAACUACUGACUAAAGUAUAUAUUAAUAUGGUGUAACUACUGACUCAACUAUCUAUUAAUAUGGUGUAACUACUGACUCAACUAUCUAUUAAUAUGGUGUAACUACUGACUUAACUAUCUAUUAAUAUGGUGUAACUACUGACUCAACUAUCUAUUGUUAUAGUGUACCUACUGACUAAAGUAUAUAUUAAGAUGGUGUAACUACUGACUAAAGUAUAUAUUAAUAUGGUGUAACUACUGACUCAACUAUCUAUUAAUAUGGUGUAACUACUGACUCAACUAUCUAUUAAUAUGGUGUAACUACUGACUCAACUAUCUAUUUAAUAUAACUAUUAUAAUUGUAACUACUGACUCAACUAUCUAUUUAAUAAAACUAUUAUAAUUGUAACUACUGACUCAAUCUAUUAUUAUGGUGUAACUACUGACUCAACUAUCUAUUUAAUAUAACUAUUAUAAUUGUAACUACUGACUCAACUAUCUAUUUAAUAAAACUAUUAUAAUUGUAACUACUGACUCAAUCUAUUAUUAUGGUGUAACUACUGACUCAACUAUCUAUUUAAUAUAACUAUUAUAAUUGUAACUACUGACUCAACUAUCUAUUUAAUAAAACUAUUAUAAUUGUAA